AUAUUUCUCAGGUACACCAGGGGGACAACGACCAGGGAAAAAGUCUGGCUUAGUAAGGCAGAGUACAGCAGGGCUUAACAGAACCCAUCAUCUCCUCAACUGUCAAAGCAUGGCAUCACAAAUGGACCGACCGCCCCCCUCAGUCGGCGCGAUAGCGGUUGCAUCCGCCGUGAUAGCCGGUGUGACCGGCUACUUUCUAGGGCAGGCGUCCGCCAUUGGGGUCUUCUCACAAAGAAAACCGACAGCGAUAGAGAGGUCCAGCAAGAGCAAGGAGGACCAGGAGACAGAGGACUCCGACUCGGACAGCGACCUGAGUGAGAUCGGCGAGCUGGGAAGUUUCGUGAACAGCCACGAGGAAUUCAAGCUUAUCCUUGUGGUACGAACCGACCUUGGGAUGACGAAAGGAAAAAUCGCCGCCCAGUGCUCGCAUGCAACACUGGCCUGCUACAAGUCGUUGGCAUCGGUUACGCCGAAGAGCCCCGUUCUGUCGCGCUGGGAGUCCCGCGGUCAGGCGAAGGUGGCGGUGCAGGUGAAGAGUGAGGAUGAGCUGUUGGAGUUGCAGGCGAGGGCGAUGAGCUUGGGACUCUGCGCGAGGGUGAUUCAUGAUGCCGGGCGCACGCAGAUUGCAGCGAAUAGUGCGACUGUGCUUGGAAUUGGACCUGGGCCUAAGAGCGUGAUAGAUCAAGUUACAGGGCAUCUUAAGCUCCUAUGAAGGGGCCGUUUCGGAUCAGACCAUCCAACGAUCGUGUACGGCGGGCUAUGGCUGUUUGGAAUGGCCAGAAUAGAUCUCCAGUUAGCUCAUGGGCCAAUGAGGAAACACCCAAGGCGUGUUCGGGGACCAUGUGGAACAUACUACAAGCCGGUACGUACAGUACCUACGUGGGCCAGGGGUGGUUGGAAUAUUUAUAUUGAUAGCCUAUGGCAGGAAGCCAAUUGAUUACAGAAACCGGUUGCGACUCCCCGAUAGAGCAAAGACGCACAAGAAAAAUCAGAACAGGCGUCAAGGGCAGCGCAGCGAUCGAUUCACAACCCUGGAGACUACCCAAGCGCGUUCUUUUGGAGAGAGUUCAUAACCUCGGAGUCAUCCGGUCGGUGACACAUCAGAGAGUUCAUCGAACAUCUAGACAAGGAAAAAAAGAAAAAAGUAUAGAGCACGGACUUCCUGCGUAUUAUAAAACAC